CGGCCGGAUAUGGCCCCGCCCCCAGUGGCAGCGUCGCGUGGGGCGAGAAGGGCGGGACUACGGGCUGCGAAAGCGGCGUCAGGCUUGCGGGUUUCCAGGUUUCCAGGAGGUAGAAGAGCUGGGCCUGGCUCCUGGCCCGGAGGGGGCUCCGCAGCCCAGGAGGAAGCCUCAUGGUAACGCCUGGGAUGGUGGAGACCGAGGACUCGGUGCAGCUGCGGCAGCUCAGUCUGGUGCUCCUGAGGCAGCUGUGGGUCGGGCAAGAUGCUGUGCGGCGGUCGGUGGCCAAGGCAGCCUCAGGGUCAACCCGGGACUCCAGCAGCAGCUGUGACUCCCAGACUCCAUCGUCCCAGGGGACGUCCUCGGUGGCCCCGAGAGCCUCCAGCCUUCAGGGUGCCCACCAGGGUGGCCCCUGUGAUAUGUCCUGGGCUGGCGGGGCCAGCUCUGGAGUGAUGUCUCUCCCACCUGCCGCAUACCGACGCCGGCCGUCCCUGGGUUCGCUGAGGCCCUGCUCGGCACCCUUACUGGCCAUCUCAGACCCGGAUGGCACAGAGCUUUCAGGAGAGCCGGACAGGCCGGGGCCUCAGGAGGCCCAGGCCCAGAGGUCCAUCCUGGAUCAACAAAGCAGCCCGUCCAAGCCAAGAGUGACCUUCGGUGAUGAGUCUUCAGUGCCUGACAGGAGCUGGCGCCUCAGACCAUACUUGGGCUACGACUGGAUCGCAGGGUCUCUGGACAACACCUCGCCCAUCACCAGCAAGCCCGAGGCCUUCUUCUCGAAGCUGCAGGAUUUCCGGGAAGCCAACAAGGAGGAGUGUAUUCAUAGUGGCCCCGAACCCCGGUCCCUCAGCCUCCGGGAGAGCAGCAGGGUGGACCAAGACCACGAAUGCGUGUACUGUUACCGCGUCAACCGGCGCCUGUUUCUGGUGCCUUCGGAUCCUGGCUCCCCCUGCCGCCUGUGCAGGACACCUCGGGACCAGCGGGGCCCCGAGACCCUGGUGGAGCCCGCGCAGGUCAGGGUGAGCAUCCCGCUGUCUGUCCUGGACCCUCCGCACCGGCACCGCAUCCACCGACGGAAGAGCUUCGAUGCUUCUGACACGUUGGCCCUGCCCCGGCACUGCCUGAUGGGCUGGGACAUUCUCCCUCCGAAGCCCGAGAAAAGCUCAGCCCCUAAGAGCCUGGACCUUUGGUCCUGCGUCUCCUCCGAGGCCCAGCACCGGAAGCUGUCAGCUGCCCGCCUGGCCCAGCCAACACGAGUCCCACCCUCCACCCCAUUCCGGUCAUGACUCCAGCCUCCUGCGCCCUGGCCGAAGCCCUGAGGACUGGCCACCCGGAGGAGGACAGAGCCCCUGCCAUCCCCCCUAACCCCUCUCCUCUGGCAGGACACCCACCAGAGGGGAGCCCUGCCUGGCUUCAGCUGGAGGGGAACGUAGUCCCCACCCUCUUGGGUUGGGCAGGUGGAUGGGCUCAGGCCCUUCUCCUUCCUGGAGACAGAGGUGGGGACUCCAGGGUUGGGGGGCGCGGGUGAAAGAGGAUGGGGUGACCUGUUUGUAAAUAAAGCUCAGUGCCGUCUGCAGCACCAGAUUUCCCACGUGUGCUGGGUCCACCCUGCUGAUGCCCUCAGUGCCCAGGAGGUGCUCUGGCGGCAGCCUGUUCCCUUGCCUGGGGAAAGACACGUCUGACAUCCUGUACUGGGCCGAGGGGAUCCAGUGCCCUGAGUUUGGUUCUCGGUGCAGCUUCCAACUCUGGGUAGAUGGCCUCCCGGGUGGGAGGGAGGCGCUCCGGGCCCCAGACUGUCUCCUGUGGAUGAGGCUGAAGCUGUGGACCAUGAGGGAGUUCUCCCCUUCCUGGUCUCUGAAGCUGGGGUCCGUUGACAGGGGGCUUGUCUUAAGGUCCCUGGGCCAGUGGCUCCUCGACUGCUCUCCCCAGCCCCGCCCAAGAAGCCACAGGGGACCCAGAGCUGCCGCAGGCACAGAUGGGGAAGCCGAGAGCCAGGCAGGGCUGGCAGUGAGUACAAAUAUCCCCCUCUCGUGGAUUAACAGCCAGUGUCUGUCUGCCCCCCCGUAGGUUGAACGAUAUAAAAUUCCUGGUUUUGUAAGAUGGACAUGAGAUAAAAGGGGAACUGAAGCCCCAGGAGGCA